UAGGAGAGGAGGAACGAAUCACGGACUACGCGCGCCGUCCGGUGUCUCGGGAACGUUCGCUCACGCGCUCCAGUAAAAGAGCAGAUUAAGCGAGAGGGCGUGUCUUCUACAAAAAGAGGCGUGGUUUUCACACACAUUCAAUGUGAUUGGACGACUCUUGUAAAUAUGUUUUAAAAUAGCCGCGCGUGCGCAGUACGCAUCGGCGUGUCGACUAGGGCAAUGAGGACAGGUGACUUUGAUUCUUCUGAUGAAGAGGACUUUGGUGAAGUGGAAGCCACACCUUUUCAGAUCUCAUGGUUGUCUCUAUCAGUGGUGGAGUGUUCCCAGUCUCUUGGCAUUUGUUCCUUACCUGGAUGCAGAUAUAAAGAAACCAGACGAAACCUGCAGAAAGAUGUUGCUGAGAUGUGUGAUCAGGGUGUGGAGGACGUGUUUGUGUUCUGUACCAGAGGAGAGCUGGUGCGUUACAGGGUGCCCUGUCUGUUAGAGGUUUAUUCUCUGAAUGGACUCCGAGUGCACCACCUCCCCUUCCCGGACGGGAACACCCCAGAGCUUCCGCAAUGCAGCUCCAUUCUGGAAGAACUGCAGGACUGCCUGCAGAAUCAGCGCAGGACUGUCAUACAUUGUUAUGGAGGCCUGGGGCGCUCAGGGUUAAUUGCUGCUUGUUUGCUGCUGCAGCUCUCUGUCUCGAUGACACCCAGUGUUGCUCUUGAGAUCCUGAGGGAGCUGAGAGGAGGAGGAGCUAUUCAGACCGUCAAGCAAUACAACUUCCUUCAUGAGUUUCGGGAGAAGUUUGAAGCAUAUCAAGAAACCAAAGAACGACUUUCAGAGAGAUCGGUAUCCCGAUGAUCAUCCUGACAUCCAGAUGAUGUAAAAGCAGAAAAAAAGACAGAUGACUUUGGUGUUUUUGCUUAUUGGAUUUUCUCUGCUUUGAUUAUGAAUGCAUUGGUUUCUUUUCUGAUGGCACUUUAAAAAUUUGGUAUUUUUAUAAGUCGAUCUAAUAAUAUUGUGCUUAAUAUAUAACUUCAACUUUGCAAUUAAAUGUGUCUUGUUCAGUAAGAGGGUCUUAAAGUUAAAGCAAGUGAUUAUUUUUCUGAGACACGCUGUUGAAAAUUGUAAUCAACACCCAAACAAACAAUUUUGUGAAUAUCUUCUAUCUGGCUUUCCAUUUGUGUAGUCCUGGCUGUGUAAGUGAGGGAGAAACGUGGAUCUGACCGAGCACCAUAACACUCAUGUAGCCAAUCAGUGAUGGGGCAUUUACUGUAUGCUCAUGGUGGGGAGGAGAGAGCCUGAGCAAGCUUGACUAGACUAGAAAGAGAGAUGGCUGAUGCAUUACCAAGAGAAAAAAUGUCACAAGAAUAUCAUUAAAAGAAGGCUUACAAUCAGGCAAACUCUAGGACCUGCAUUGAUAUGGGGAAAGCUAUCGGCACCAAUGUUGCUGUUUCCUCUCGGUAUGUAAAAUAGGUUUUGCUAUAUUUCACAAAACCAAGACAUGCUGUUGCAAUAUUAUCUAUAGUGCUGCUGGUGCUUGGCUAUUACAAAAAGCAUUUCAUCAUUGGCUAUUACAGCUAUGAUGAAAGCAUCCAUUUUGGCGCACUGACUUGAUAAACCAUCUGUUAUAGUAUCAUAUAUUGAUCGGUUUCAGACAGCAACAGUAGUUUAUUAGAAAUCGGCUAGUAAUUAAACACGAUACUGUCUGCAUUAAUCCUGGUCCAUUGAUCAAAUUGAGAGAAAUGCUUAUUUUUGUGUCUGAGAAACCAUGUUGCUUAUGUCAGUAAUGGUGAUUUGGAUGGUGGAUUAAGUUAUGCAGCUGUUGGCAAUCAUUCCUGGCAAUUCUUUCUUUUUUUAAAGUGGUCAUUAGUAAGCACGUUUAUAAAGUUUGCCGGAAGUGAACCUUGGUAACAUGAACCAAACAUUUAAUUUGAGUACACUAAUCGUAAUAUAAUCAAAACAGUU